GUUCAAGCUAAUUUUACGUCUCGUCACUUACGCUCAACUCACUCACCCACUCACUCAAUUCAAUAUGCGUGAAAUUGUUCAUAUUCAAGCUGGUCAAUGUGGAAAUCAAAUCGGUGCAAAGUUUUGGGAAGUGAUUUCAGAUGAACACGGAAUCGAUCCAACUGGCACAUAUCAUGGAGAUUCUGAUCUUCAACUAGAACGAAUUAAUGUAUAUUACAAUGAAGCCACUGGUGGUAAAUAUGUGCCUCGUGCUAUCCUUGUUGAUUUGGAACCUGGCACUAUGGACAGUGUGCGUGCUGGUCCGUUCGGUCAACUAUUCAGACCAGACAAUUUUGUGUUUGGACAAAGUGGAGCUGGAAAUAACUGGGCAAAAGGUCAUUACACUGAAGGUGCAGAAUUGGUUGAUUCAGUAUUGGAUGUUGUACGCAAAGAGGCUGAAUCAUGUGAUUGCUUGCAAGGCUUCCAACUGACUCAUUCUCUUGGUGGUGGGACAGGUUCUGGGAUGGGAACCCUGCUAAUUUCAAAGAUCCGUGAAGAGUAUCCAGAUCGUAUCAUGAAUACUUUCUCAGUAGUCCCUUCACCAAAGGUAUCUGAUACAGUUGUCGAACCGUAUAACGCCACUCUCUCAGUCCACCAACUUGUAGAAAACACAGAUGAGACAUACUGCAUUGACAACGAAGCACUCUACGAUAUAUGCUUCCGCACUCUGAAACUCACCACACCCACCUAUGGGGACUUGAACCACUUAGUCAGUGCAACAAUGUCAGGAGUGACAACGUGUCUUCGAUUCCCUGGUCAACUGAAUGCUGACUUGAGGAAACUCGCUGUGAACAUGGUACCAUUCCCACGUCUUCACUUCUUCAUGCCUGGAUUCGCACCUCUCACUAGUCGUGGUAGCCAACAGUAUCGUUCUCUAACCGUUCCUGAAUUGACGCAACAAAUGUUCGAUGCAAAGAAUAUGAUGGCUGCAUGCGAUCCACGUCAUGGACGAUAUCUUACAGUAGCAGCAAUAUUCCGUGGUCGUAUGUCUAUGAAAGAAGUUGACGAACAAAUGCUCAACGUGCAGAACAAGAAUUCAAGCUAUUUUGUUGAAUGGAUACCUAACAAUGUGAAAACAGCAGUAUGUGAUAUUCCACCAAGAGGUUUAAAAAUGUCAGUCACAUUCAUUGGAAAUAGUACAGCUAUUCAAGAAUUGUUUAAACGUGUCAGUGAACAAUUCACUGCUAUGUUUCGACGUAAAGCUUUCUUACAUUGGUAUACAGGUGAAGGUAUGGAUGAAAUGGAAUUCACUGAAGCUGAAUCCAAUAUGAAUGAUCUUGUCAGUGAAUAUCAACAAUAUCAAGAUGCAACUGCUGAAGAAGAAGGAGAAUUUGAAGAGGAAGAGAAUGAAGAAGCAUAAAUAAAAUUAUCAGCUUAGGUAUUAGUUAAAAUACAUUUUGCAUGGUUUUUUUUUCCUUAUUGUAAUGUAUUUUCCAUUUUUGUUAAAAAUAAAAAUCUUAUUGAUGAUAA